AUGGCGAGUCCGUCCAGCAGCAACCCGCACUUCUUGGCAGCCCAGCAUGGCCCAGUACCCGCAGCUGGCCAGCACCAGCUGGGGCCAGCUGCCGCCGGCCAGCCAGCACUUGGCUACCAGUCCGACCUCCUCGAGGAGCUGAACCGAACCACCAACCAGGCCGCCGUCGUAACUGACGCUCCUGACGAGCGAUUCCGUUUAGGAUUCUUUGACUCGACGUGUAUGGUCAUCAACCGCAUCAUUGGUACCGGUAUCUUCAACAGUCCCACGGCUGUGAUGCAGGGCACCAAGAGUGCUGGCGCCGUGCCCCGGAGUGGUGGCGAUCUUCACUACCUGCAAUACGUAUACCGCUGGAUCUACUACAAGAAGAAUACCGUCGUACUCAGCGGUGUCCUCUUCGGCAUCAGCUUCAUUUGCAUCGGCAACAUGGCAAGCAACUGCAUCAACUUUGGUGUCCGCGUUCUCCAAGCAGCACACCCCGAAGAGGUCCCUGACAACGGCCGCAUCCGCGCUAUUGCCAUUGCGGCUGCUGCAUUUGCCUGCAUCAUCCAUGCCGUCUCGCGUCGCGGUGGGAUCUGGCUUAACAAUCUCCUGGCUAUUGUCAAAGUUGGUAUUCUGCUAGUGAUAGUGGCCACAACUCUCGCUGUAGUUGGAAAAGGCAUUCGCGACAGAGAUGGAAACCUCGUCCCAAACGUGUUUUCCCAGAAUUUGGACCCCAAAGUAGCAUUCAAGCCCCCUGUGGAUCCGGCCAAGAACCCGGCGAACGCCAUCUACCAAGAAGGGACCGCAAACGGUUACGCGGCGGCGUUUUUGUCAAUCAUUUUCGCCUAUUCUGGCUUUGACCAGGCAAACUACGUCCUUGGAGAGAUAGCAAGACCGCGGAGAACGUAUCCAAGGGCAGCUGCGUUUGGAAUUGUUCUGGUAUCAGUUCUCUACAUGGUGGUCAAUAUCUGCUAUAUGGCUGUAGUUCCGGCCUUUGAGCAGUCGCACGACGUAGUGGCGCUUCUCUUUUUCCGCAAGACGUUUGGCUUUGCCGGCGAGUAUACGGCUGACCGCAUCUUCAACGCCUUCCUGGCCCUGUCGUCAUUUGGCAACGUCAUUGUCAUGACAUACACUGCCGCCCGUAUGAAGCAAGAGAUCGCCAAGCAAGGCUUCAUUCCGUUUCCCAAAUUCUUUGGCCAGAAUGUCGAUCUCAGCAUCGGUCGGCUUGUCCUGCAUCUCCGCAAGAAGGGCUGGAAGUUGCAGUUCCUAGUACCUGAAAACCACCAAGAGGCCACGCCAGUCGGGGCCUUGGUUCUGCACCUCCUCAGCUGCCUGGUGCUCAUUUUCGCCACUUACAACAUUCAGGCUGAUGACGCCUACGACCUUCUAGCUGGCCUGAUUGCUUAUCUCACCACAGCUUUCUUCGGCUUCUUCCUGGCCCUGGGCAUCUUGAUCCUCCGCAUCUGGGGCCCACCCGCCACGGAGCCCGCCAAGACCAAGGACUACCUUGCGGCUCACGCCAACGGUCUCGCCGACGACAACCCCGUGCGCAAAACAUGGACCGAGAUGACGGACAAGGGCAUUUACGCCUGGCUCAGCGUCGUGUGCGCCAUCAUCUACCUCGCUGGAAACGGCUUCCCUCUUAUCACCUCGUGGAUUCCUGCCACGGCCGACUUCGUCACUAGCACAGUGGCCUGGUGGGUUGUGCCUACGGUGUCGUGGGCGGUCCUCGGCUUCGCCGCGCUGUGGUGGUUCGGGUUCUUGGCUGGUGCCAACUACCGCGAGCGGCACCAGCAAAAGACGCUCGUGUAUGAGAUCAGGCCAGAGUUUGAGUGGGCUGAGCCGGCCGCAGCGGCUGGGGCCCAGCAUGCUGCUGACGGGGAUAGUGUUGAUGGUGAUGGAGAGCUACGGCAGCGCCACGGCGGCAAGAUUCUUGUCCAUGAGACGGUGUUAUUCCGCUGGGAGGGUGACGAGAAUGACAUGUUUGGGCCCAUGCCGGGAGACGCCGUUUUCGGUGGGCCUACGAUGAUGGGGGCGCAACCACCGAUGCAGCAGCAGCAGCAGCAGCAGCAGCAGCAGCAGCAGCACGCACCGCCACCGCCUCGUGUACCGGAUGAGUUUGACGACUUUAGGCCAAUUCCGCCGACACCGGCGAAUGUUCACCAAGGCUACUCUCCUUGGUGA